AAAAAAAAAAAAAAAAAAAAAAGAAAAAAAGAGUACCAGUAACCGAAACCCUAGCUCUCUCUCUCUCUCUCUCUCUCUCUCUGUGUCUGUCUCCAGCUCAAAACUGCGAUAGUCUUUUGGGGCUUUCUGCAAAAUAAGAAAUUAAGGGCUUAGGGUUAUGAAAUUUUGUGGAAGAAGAUGAGCAAGAAAGAAAAGCAAAGACCCCAGCAUUAUCGUGAGGAAUUCGAAGAAGCCGAACGAGACAAAAGCCUUGACAAGUCUUCCAAGUCCGUGGUUGCCGAAAGCAGUAGCGAUGACAACGACGAGGCAAACGAAGAUCUGACCUUGAAGCUCGUCGAGAAAGCCCUUUUGAUGCGCGCCGCAAAGUUGGUCGCCGAUAAUGACGGUGGAUCGGUUGAACCGGAACGGUCUAGCGGUUUGCUUGAUCUGCUGCCUUCGUCUUCUUCUCAGGAAGUCCAAUUUGUUGAAGGUCCAGCUCGGCUUGCUGGUCGUGAAGUAGUGAUUGCUUCGGAGAAUGGUGUUGUGGAGAAGAAGAAGAAGAUAAUUAAAAGGGUGAAAAAGAAGAAGACAAGCAAGGUGGAAAUUGAAGACACAACUGUCAUUGUUGCAAAAGAUGAAGAGAAAGUUGAGGAAAAUAAAGCGGCAGAGAUAGCUGAGGCCACUGACCCAAAUCCUGUUGACACUGCUGACAACAUUGUACUCCGUAAACUACUUCGGGGGCCAAGGUAUUUUGAUCCCCCAGAUAGUAGUUGGGGAAUGUGCUAUAAUUGUGGUGAAGAGGGUCAUGCUGCGGUAAACUGUACAGCAGCUAAGAGAAAGAAACCAUGCUUCGUUUGUGGGAGUCUGGAGCACAAUGCUAGGCAAUGUUCAAAGGCACAGGAUUGUUUUAUAUGCAAAAAAGGUGGACACCGUGCUAAGGAUUGUCCAGAUAAGCAUAAGGGUGGCUCAAGUUCAAAAAUAUGUUUAAAAUGUGGAGACUAUGGGCAUGAUAUGUUUUCAUGCCGUAAUGAUUAUCCACCUGAUGAUCUCAAGGAAAUACAAUGUUAUGUGUGCAAGAAUUUUGGCCAUUUAUGCUGCUCUGAGUAUGCUGAUUCUUUUUCAAGAGAAGUUUCUUGUUACAAAUGUGGUCAGUUGGGGCAUACAGGGUUGGCAUGCACGAGGUUUCGUGGGGAAACCACAGGUAAUGAGACAGCUAGUUCAUGCUUCAGGUGUGGUCAAGAUGGUCAUUUUGCUCGUGAAUGCAAAAGUUCAGCAAAGGGUGGCAAGAGGAAUCAUGCAUCAUCCACCCCAAAUUCAAGAUCUCACAGAGAAGAUAAAGAUCAUAAGGGAUACAAGUCUGUCCCUCAUGAUCUUGGCAAGGCUCGAAAAAGGAAAAAAAUCCAAUAUGAAGAAAGUGGUUUCACAACACCGCAAAAGUCGAGACAUAGAGGUGGGUGGAUAACGGAGGAUCCUGGGGACUUCUCUUUAAGGAAGUGCAGAAAGAAUGUUUUCAGGUCUCCAGCAACAGCAUCCGGUAAGGGUCACAGUAAACACAGUCGGAAGGGUUUUGGAACUCCUACUCAACACAUAAAGUCGCAAGGAUCGUCCAAGACUUUUCAGAACGGAUAUUCUGGAGUGAGGUUUGGCAACUCAAGUAGUGAUGGGAGGAGAAAUUACGAUUGGUGGUAAGAGUUCUACAGGGGCCAUAGGAGGGGGAGAAAAGAUGAGGCCAUUUUAAUUUUGUAGUAUUAUUAUAUUAAUUGAUAGUAUUUAUUUUACUUAGCGUCUUUUUGAAUAUGGUGGCUAUGUUUUUGGUUGAAGCCUUUUAAAGUUCAAAUAGCUGCUUUUUUUUCUUUUUUUCUUUUUUCUUUUUUUUUGGUUUUUUGGUUUUUUUUUUUUUUUUUUUUUUUUGGGGGGGGGGGGGUGGUGGUUUGUGGAAGAAGGGUUUCAAUUAUAGUGUUACUUAUGAUCCAAAGAGUAGAAAAAUCAAAGGUGUUAAUGUAUUACAUUAUAAUUUUACUUUUGGAAGCCAUUUUCAAUUUUUGCCAUACAUAUCUCCAUUCAACCAGUACUAGCUUUAUUCCUGAGAAUAAGAAACACAAAUAUAGAACUUCAAUUUUGC